AUGGAACCGGCUGCAUCCACGGAAGGGCCGAUGACGACAGCAGAGCAGAUGACGACUGCCCCCAACACCACGAAAGCGCCGACCACCAGUCCGUCUAUGACCAUGGUAACUACCAUAGCAUCUGCAACAUCUUCUUCGGGACUCUCAACGAUAGCACACACUACAGAACCGACCUCUGUAGGUACUACCAGGAACCCGAUGACUACAAAUCCUGCUGCAAACUACAUCACAACAGAACCGGUGACGUCUACUCCGGACACAUCCACAGAAGACACCACUGCCAACCCAUUGACCACAAGUCCUGCGGCAAAACAAGUCACGACUGACCAAACAACACCCGACGUCACAUCAAUGCAGCCGACAAGUCAACCUUCUACUGACUCACCGACUACAGCACGACUAACGACAAUGGAUAUGACGACAAAACCAACAACGAAGGCAAAACUGACAACAGAACAUCCAACAGCAAUCCGUACGACUGGGGAAACAAUAACAACGACUAUGACGAAGCCUACGACCGAAAUCACAAGCGAGGUGACGACUGCAGCGCUAAGCACACAGUCUCCAACAGUUUCGGUGACUACCGAUUUCAAGUCAACGGCGGAAAGUACAUCAUCUGCAACCACAAAGGUUACAUCAGAGGAAACAACGACUGAAGCCCAGAUGUUUGAGACAACGACGACAUCCGUUACGACAGCUAGUUUGCCCUCGACUGCACCAGUUACAACAGAACCCCAAACACUCAUCACAAGCAUCCCAACCAGUACAGCUCAGACUACCCUUGAAAGCGAAUCUACGAAGGGGUCUACUAUCAAAUCAACUACAGUCGCUCCUGUUCAGCUAACAACCACUUCUGUUGAAGGACAGCAGCAAAGUACCACGGAUUACACCACAGAAAUAGUUCCAACAACCAAUCCACGGUUUACAACCAUUAUGAAAUCACCAACUCUUCAACACAUUGAGGAAUCUACCACUGGAAUGUUGUCCACAAUCUCUACUACAGUGGCCGCUACGAAACAACCAACAACCCUUUUUGGUAAAGAUAGUACACUGGGUCCAUCAACUAUAAGUACGACUUUGCCUGGCCUAGCCACUGAAUCUUUCACGACGGGACAGGAAGCUACCACGGAGCAGAGCACCACCGCUUCUCCUAAACCAUUGAUCCAAACGACGAUGCCUGAGGCCGCUUCUACGCCACCUGAAACGACAACUGUCCUCACUAUAGCGGACUCUAUGACAACGGACGCAGAAGCUCGCACAACGACGCUAGUCCCGACCACAGUGAAGAAGAUCUAUAGCAGUCUGCUUUCAUCGACACGUACUAAACUGUUGCACACAACCUCGCUCCCUACAGUUAAACAGACUGACGUCACUGACACAGCCGACCCUUUGAUGACAUCGCCUACCGCAACCACGACACCAUCAGCCUCACGUUCAAGCCCAGCAUCUUCGCCAUCGGGUGUACAAGCCAGCACCACCUCAAGUAUGGAGACGACAAACCAGGAUGAACCGAUUUCAACUCCAUCAGGUCAAAGCUCAACGCCGAUUCCAGCAUCUUCGGUAUCAGCAGGAAUAUCCAGCACUCCGCUGAUGGCAUCAUCAUCUACACCAAACAGAUCGCCUCCGACUCAAACGGCUGAAAUGUCAACAUCAGUCACGUCGCAGAUGGGUACACCGUCGACUCAGAGUCAGCCAGCGAUUCAAACUACAUCAUCAGGUGUAACGCCAUCAGCAUCAGCAUCACAGAUGGUGCAGACAAGUCCAGUACCAUCAGCAUCAGCUACACCCUCUGGCACUCUACAGAUGGCACAGACAAGUGCAACAUCGUCAGCAUCAGCUACAACCUCCAGCAGUUCGCAGAUGGUACAGACAAGCCCAACACCAUCAACAUCAGCUACAUCCUCUCGUACUUCACAGAUGGCACAGACAAGUCCAAUGUCAUCAUCAUCAACCAUAUCUUCCAGCACUCCACCGAUGGCAUCAUCACCUCAAACAUCAACAACAGAUCCAAUUUCAGUCUCGAGACCGACAGUUUCCUCAAACGCCGCGACAUCGACUACACCAACAGUAAGACUAUCAUCGACACAAGACCACCCAUCAGAGACUCCAUCGACCCAGACAACAACGUCAUCAUCCUUGGCACGGAUCCUUUCAACGCUGACUUCUCGUUCAACCCAAGUCACGCCCACGAACGUGUCAGUAUCGGCAGAGAGCACGACAGAGUUGAUACUCAGCACAGAUUCUGCCAAUACCGGACCUAUAUCAACAGCACCACCGCCGCUGCCUACAAGGUCGGAAAGCUUCCUGGACACGUUCCCCCGCAAGUACAAGGUCAAAGGCUGGGUGGUGGCGCUCUCAGUGGUCGGCGCCAUCUUGGGAGUGACCGGGGUGGUCAUCACAGCUGCCUUCUUGUUAAAGAGACCGACCCAAAUCAACGUUGGAGGAGGGGGAGCAGGAGGGGCUCCACCGCCACCGCCGGCACAGCAGCAACCACCAGCUAACCCCCCUCUGAACAAUCAGCACCCCCCUGACUCAAUGGCGUAGCCCAUCCAGAGAUCCAGGAUUCGGAAACCUGGUGCAAAAUUGUCAGAAUAGGCCCGUUCGUCGAUCGAACUGCGCAUGCGCGUGUCAAAGGUGAAGGCACAAAAACAUAAACAAGUCUGAACAUGUUAUUCAAACUGGCCAGCCGAGAAGUCUGUGUAAAGCAUGGUUGAGACAAGAAAUAUUCACAAGUCAGUGACCUUCAACCUUUGACCUUGCGCAUGCGUACGUAGGAUCGCGAACCUCCUAUUUGAUAAUCUUUUUACAAAGAUAGUUUUAGUUUCCGUUCACUCAAAGAAGUUUAUAGCAUUGUAGAGCGAGCUCAU